UAAAGAAAUCAUCAUGGAAAAAACGAUCCAGAAAGAAAGAAAUUCUAUUUUUGCUCAUAUAUGUAGAGGCCCGCAUCGACACGUUUUUUUGUCCAUGUUGGCAUGCUGUUUUUGACGGUUAAGAAAAUCAAAACGGACGUGUGGCACGACUAUUCCGCGAAGUGACUCUUGGCUUGUGGUGGGGUUGGUUGGAGCAGUGUGAGAAUGAGUUCGAAAAGCAGUUUCAAACGAAAGACAUGUGCAUGAUUUAGUGUGGAUUUAUUUGAGCCCUUCAACUGCUUAUCUGGUAUGAAAAUAGUUCAAGAUCAAGCUAUACUAAAAUUGUAAGUUAAUAACGAGUACGUUCAGGAAAACCAGUUGUUUUGACAACAAGAGAUGAAUGAUGUGAAAACAUGGCAACAAUUAUUAUACAAUUAGAUAGCUAAACGUUUCGACGUUUACGAACGUCUUCAUCAGUAGCAAUAAAUUUUAAAAAAUUUUACAUUGAUUUCAAAAAUAAACGUCUGUAGUUAGAUGUUAAAUCUACACUUAUAGCCUCUGAUCAACAAUUUAUUUCUAACUAUAUAUUUUUCUCUCUCUUUUCUUUCAGUCUAUUUCUUAUUUUCCUUUUUCUCAUACAUGGGAAAUCUCCCUCGGCUUUAAACAUUUUGGAUAAUCGUGGGAUGUUCGUAGAAUCAACUCGACGAGCUCGAUCUACCGAGGGUAUUGCUUUUCGAUUUGUGGGUGAUCGUGUGUUUUACAAGAGCCCCUGAUAAAAUCAUCUUAUGGAUAGAGAUUAGCCUCUCUAAUAUAAUAAUGACUUUGUCAGGCACAUCGUGUUUUUUGUUCUUGAUGUAAAAUGUUUCAGUCAUUCCAAUGAUCAUGCAAUAGAAGAACGAGAUUGAACCACAUGAGAAAUUAUUAUUUUUCUUUUCCGGAUAUUACUGAAUGGACAAAAGCAGCUUAUAUCCCAUGGCAUUUGAGUAAUAGGAAAAGAAAAGAAUGAAUGCGUAAAAAAUAAUUCUUCACACAAUACAGUGUAUGUUGUUAAAUAAUGAUUUGUUCUCUUUCGAAGCAUUGCAUAAAUCCUGACGGCCAACGCACAUAUUAUUUUAGUUUUUCACGUAAGGAAGUUUACACUAUCUCGAUCUGUUCGAUAUGGGCAACACAAUCCAUUGUGCAUAAUGACAUUAAUCAUUCGUUCGAUCUAUAUCACACACCAAAUCCCAAAGGUUUCUACUUUCCGAUGUCAGAUCAUUUUUUUGUGCAAGGUUAUUUUUUUCAAAAUUAUUUAUUAAUCGAUAGCUCAUGAAAAUAUAUAUAAGACUAAUAUAGACAUAACUAGAAAUUAUGAAGCUUUAAAAUUCUAUAUAUGAUUAGUUCAGUGAUUCUUUCAACCGAAAUAUCAGUCUGUACACGUAAAAAUGACUAUCGACACAGGAUUACAUAUUGUUAUAGAAUUUGUUGAUUUGAAAACUAUUCCAUUGCUAAAUUAAUUUAUUUCGUGAUAUGUAAGUAUUUAAUUAGGAAAAGUUUUCAUUGUUUAAAAGUUUCAUUUUUAUCAAAUAGGACAGCUAAUGCUGCCAAUGCUGCAGCAGCAGGUGCUGCUGGUCCUGGUGGUUCGAAACGUUUGGCUCAACAACAGGCGCAAGUCGAUGAAGUUGUGGAAAUAAUGAGACAAAAUGUCGAUAAGGUAUUAGAACGUGACAAAAACUUGGCAAGUCUUGAUGAUCGAGCUGAUAAAUUACAGCAUAAUGCAGCUCAAUUUGAACAACAAGCGGGAAAAUUAAAACGAAAAUUUUGGUUGCAAAAUAUGAAGAUGAUGAUUAUAAUGGGAAUAGUGGGUACUAUUUUUGCUGUUGUAGUAGGAGCAUGGGCUUAUUCGAAAUAUAAAGCACUUGCACCUUCUCUUCCAUCUACUGAAGGAGGUGGAGGUACAUCAACACCUUCGGUAAAAGAUGAAGUAUCAAAAGUAAAUAUUGUUUCUGUGGCAACACCAGUUCAAGAAAACGUAACAACAAAACGUCCUAGACGUCGACGAAAGAAAACAACAGUAGCAGCUAACGUAGUCAGUUCAACAGUAGCAUCAACAGAUGAUAAUGAUGAAUCUAAUAAUGAGUCUGUUUUGAAACGAGUUAUUCGUGCACUCAUACAAUAG